UCGGUGGGGUUUCUUUAGCCACCGAAAGGCUGCAGCGUUACUCGGGCGGGAGGCGGAGGGAGGGGGACGUGUCCCUCUGCUCUGCCCUCGUGAGGCCUCGCCCGGAGGCUGCGCCCGGCUCUGACCCGGCACAAGCAGGAUGUGCCCGCCGGGCCGGCACGAAGGGGCAAGGAAGCAGCGGGCACAAAGAUGCUCAGAGGGCCAGAGCACCUCUCCUAUGGAGCCAGGCUGGGAGAGCCGGGCAUGUCCAGCCUGGACAGGAGCGGGCUCCGGGGGAGGCCUCACUGCGGCCCUCCAGUGGCUGAAGGGGCCUAUAGGAAAGGCAGAGAGCGAUUUCUUCGCAUGGGCAGUCAGCGAGAGGAAAAGGGGGAACGAUUUGAAACCAGAAGAGGGAAGAUUUAGAUUAGAUGUUAGGAAGAGCUGUGAGGGUGUCGAGACACUGGAGCAGGCCGCCCAGAGAAGCUGUGGAUGCCCCAUCCCUGGAAGGCGCUAUUCCAGGCCAGGCUAGAUGGGGCCCUGAGCACCCUGGUCUAGUGGAUGAUGUCCCUAUCCAUGGCAGGGGAGUUAGAACCAGAUGAUCUUCAAGGUCCCUUCCAAGCCAAAGCAUUCUGGGCCUCCACGAGGGUGCAAAGAGGUCACCGGCUACCGGACCAUGGAAUGUUACCAAACGGUUGCCAUGCGGGCUUCCGCACGGAGGGGUCAGGAGCCCAACACUCCAUCGACAGUUGGCAGUUGGCGGAUACUCUGCUGGGAAGCAGGUGCAGAGCCUCUGUCUUCUCUGUCCCUGGUGGGAACAGAAGGCGAUUUGCUGAUAAUUUUCAAGAAAAAUUCUCAACUAACUGUACAGGUUUGGAAGAACAUCAUUCUCUGAUUCCUAGAAAUCAGGACUUUGUAGCCUGUUCUACCUAAGGAAUCUAAGGGAUCGAUUGCUGUAACUUCCCUGAAAUUCCUUUUUUGGUGUUUGUCCCACUGACUUUUCCAGUGGUUUUAGAUCACAAGACACCAUGAGCACAAAUCGGCGAAAGCGCCGUGGAGGAGCCAUUAAUUCCAGACAAGCUUCGAAACGAAGCAGGCUGCUGGCUUCUAGUGCAGGUGAAGCUUCAGCAGCAGAGCCAAUAGACCUCGAAGAAAGUCGCGUGCUUUCUUUUGAUCUUGCUGUUGACGAAAUCAUAGAUCUCACAGACGAAUCUGCUGAGCCUGAAGUCAUUGAUCUAACUGGUGAUGAUUCUGUUGUGCAGUGGGAGCAGAACCAGCAGCACCCAGUUGUUUCCAGUGCAGCAGAUAAUUCAGUUGUGCUACUGACAAGUGAUGAUGAAGAGGAACCAAGAGAUAAUGAUGAUUCUCCUCUCUCUAGCACACGGCCAGCAGCUCCUGUUACCUCUCCAAUUUGGAUAGAGGAGAACUCACAGUGGGAGCAGAACCAGGAGCACCCACUUGUUUCCAGUGCAGCAGACAAUUCAGUUGUGCCACUGGUGAAUGAUGAUGAAGAGGAACCAAGAGAUAAUGAUGGACCCAGUGCUACCCUUACAAAUGUGGUGGACCAGGAUUGCUUCCUAGGGGUAAGAAUCCACAUGUUGCCACCUUUUCAU